GCGGAAACAGGAAGCUGAGGGGAAGGGCAGGGCAGGGCAGAGAUGAGGGACUGUUUACCAAUCUAAUAUAUUUUAUUUUCCUACUGUGAAGAAGACGUAACAUCUUUACAUGGGAACAAACAGCAGAUGAAAGCAGACGUUCCACUCUGAUUUACGUUCUCUAUUCGUGAGUAAUUUCAUGAACCACAAUGACAGCCAUCAAGCACGCUCUCCAGAGGGACAUCUUCACGCCCAAUGAUGAGCGGCUCCUCAGCAUCGUCAAUGUCUGCAAGGCGGGGAAGAAGAAGAAGAACUGCUUCCUGUGUGCAACAGGUGUGCCUCUGCGACCAUCCUAAACAGUUGAAUUCCCAUCAAAUCCAGAUGACGACAGAGAGGCCUGUUCAAGUGAAGGUUGUGAAAGUGAAGAAGUCAGACAAAGGAGACUUCUACAAGCGCCAGAUGGCCUGGGAGCUGAGAGACCUGACAGAGGUGGACGCCAAAGAUUCCAGCAAGGAGAACCCGGAGUUCGACCUUCACUUCGAGAAGGUGUACAAGUGGGUGGCCAGCAGCACGGCCGAGAAAAACUCCUUCAUAUCCUGCAUCUGGAAGCUGAACCAGCGCUACCUGAGGAAGAAGGUGGAGUUUGUGAACGUCAGCCCCCAGCUGCUGGAAGAGCUUCCUAAAGCUGAAGAAUCCGUCCCCAGCGGGGAGAGCCAGAGUGUUGCCGGGGGAGACGAGGAUGCGCUGGACGACUACCAGGAGCUGAACGCCAGAGAGGAGCAGGACAUCGAGGGCAUGAUGGACGUGUGUGAGUACGCCAUCUCCAACGCCGAGGCCUUCGCUGAGAAGCUGUCCAGGGAGCUGCAGGUGCUGGAUGGGGCCAACAUCCAGUCCAUCAUGGCCUCAGAGAAGCAGGUGAAUAUCUUGAUGCAGCUUCUGGACGAGGCACUGUCGGAGGUGGACACCAUCGAGGGCAAGCUGAGCAGCUAUGAGGAGAUGCUGCAGAGCGUCAAGGAGCAGAUGGACCACAUCUCCCAGAGCAACCUCCUCAUCCAGAUCAGCAACACCAACAACGGCAAGCUGCUGGACGAGAUCCAGUUCCUGGUGAACUACAUGGACCUGUCGAAGGGCCACGUGCGAGCGCUGCAGGACGGGGACCUGUCCUCCCCCAAGGGCAUCGAGGCCUGCAUCAACGCCUCCGAGGCCCUGCUGCAAUGCAUGAAUGUGGCACUCAGACCAGGCCAUGAGAAGCUGAUGGCAGUAAAGCAGCAGCAGCAGCUGUUCUCCGACCUCAGGGACACCUUCGCUCGGCGCCUCACCAACCACCUCAACAACGUCUUCGUUCACCAGGGCCACGACCAGAGCUCCAGCCUGACCCAGCACACGGCCGAGCUGCUGCUGCCCAAACACAGCCCUCUGCACAGGGAGCUGCUGCGCUACGCCAAGCUCAUGGAGUGGCUGAAGACCACCCAGAGGGAGAAGUACGAGGGCCUGUCCAGGACGUACGUUGACUACAUGAGCAGACUCUAUGAACGAGAAAUCAAAGAUUUCUUUGAGAUCGCCAAGAUCAAGAUGGCGGGAACGACCAAGGAGGGGAAAGGGAAGUUUGCCACGCUUCCUCGGAAAGAGAGCGCUCUCAAACAGGAAACGGAAAGCCUGCACGGCAGCUCCGGGAAGCUGACCGGCUCCACGUCCAGCCUGAACAAGCUGGCGGUGCAGGGCUCCAACAGCCGGCGCUCCCAGUCCUCCUCCCUGCUCGACAUGGGCAACAUGUCCGCCUCCGACCUGGAUGUGGCCGACAGGACCAAGUUUGACAAGAUCUUCGAGCAGGUGCUCAGUGAGCUGGAGCCUCUGUGUCUGGCAGAACAAGACUUCAUCAGCAAGUUCUUCAAGCUGCAGCAGAGCCCUCCACCCCUCCAGGUGGCGCCACAGCAGGGCGAGGGCGAGGAGCUGGAUGGAGGACAGCCCUCCAGGAUGGCUCCCCACGGGGAGCACAGACACUCCAUGUCUUCUGAGAAGGACUUGGUGCGCCUGAUGAUGAACAAGAUCUUCCAGAGCAUCGAGACGGAGCUCCACAGCCUCAUCGCCCUGGGCGACAAGAUCGACAGCUUCCACUCGCUGUACAUGCUGGUGAAGAUGAGUCACCACGUGUGGACGGCAGAGAACGUGGACCCGGCCUCCUACCUCAGCACCACCCUGGGAAACGUGCUGGUCACCGUCAAGAGGAACUUCGACAAAUGCAUCUCCGUUCAGAUCCGUCAGAUGGAGGAGGUGAAGAUCUCCAAGAAGAGCAAGGUGGGGAUCCUGCCGUUCGUCACGGGCUUCGAGGAGUUUGCCGAGCUGGCGGAGACCAUCUUCCGCAGCGCCGAGCGCCGCGGUGACCUGGACAAGGCCUAUGUCAAGCUGAUCAGAGCUGUCUUCAUGAACGUGGAGAAGGUGGCCAAUGAGAGCCAGAAGACCCCACGUGACGUGGUGAUGAUGGAGAACUUCCACCACAUCUUCUCCACGCUGUCGCGCCUGAAGAUCUCCUGCCUGGAGGCCGAGAGGAAGGAGGCCAAGCACAAGUACACAGACCACCUGGGGUCCUACGUCAUCAACUCCCUGGGACAACCGCUGGAGAAGCUCAACCACUUCUUCGAGGGCGUGGAGGCGCGCGUGGCCCAGGGCGUGCGUGAGGAGGAGGUCAGUUACCAGCUGGCCUUCAACAAGCAGGAGCUGAGGAAGGUGAUCAAGGAGUACCCUGGGAAGGAGGUAAAGAAGGGCCUGGACAACCUGUACAGGAAGGUGGACAAGCAUCUGUGUGAGGAGGAGAGCCUGCUGCAGGUGGUGUGGCACUCGAUGCAGGAUGAGUUCAUCCGCCAGUACAAGCACUUCGAGGGUCUGAUUGGCCGCUGCUACCCAGGGUCUGGCAUCACCAUGGACUUCACCAUUAGGGACAUGCUGGAGUACUUCUCCAGCAUCGCCCAGUCGCAUUAACCACAGAGCGCGUUACUGAUGUCCUCACUUCUUAUUGGUGCCUCGCAAAAUGAAACACUACUUACCUUCUUCUACAUGUCUUGACUGAAAGAGAUUCACAGAAUGAUCCCCCGCCAAGUCCAUGUUGCACACAUACUAGUUUCUGUUGUAAAUCGUCUAAGACCUUAAACUUAAGCAAAAACGUCCAGCAAAAUACAUUUUAUAAUUGAGCUUAAUUGUGUGUUAUAGGCAGAAUGUCAAAUGUAAAUAAACUACAAAUCUCA